AUGGCCUCGUCAGGGCAGAGUUCUGAGCUCCAGAGCUUGGCUGCCCUGGUCAAGACACUGACCAACAUCCAAAUGAAAGAGAUACUAAGAAGCGAAUUCCUUGCUGUGUCUGGGGUCAAGACUACGCUGCAGCUGCGCAUUAUCGAGUAUUUCGAGAGGAUUUACCAGUCCGGCCAAAUGGAUCGCUACGAAAACAUCAAAAAGUUCAUAUGUUCCUUCACCAACCGAUCACUUCCUUCUUCCCCCGCCACACACCAGUAUCAGUCUCACUACAACUCUUCAAGACCAACACAAGUCAAGGAAACUGUGGGGUCAACAAUGUCACCUCAACCUUUUUCAAAUGGACGCUUGACGUUCAAGGAAAGCCCAUUUUACACAAUUCUCGAACCACUGUCAUCAACAGUUGAAUGUAAAGUUCGCGAACAAACACGAGACUCUGUAGAUAUGAAAUUCACCCUCAGCCCAUCAAUCGCCUCGAGUCUUCAGAGUGAUCCAAAUCUACGAGUCAUGGUCUACUGUGCUGGUGAUACUGGGCUGAACCAGUUCUCCAAAUCCGACAUUGCUUUCCCUCACCAGGUCGAGCUAAAGGCAAAUCUUGACGAAGUCAAAGCAAACCUGAGAGGACUGAAAAACAAACCGGGUACAACGAGGCCUGCCGAUAUCACGAGUUACACCCGCAAGAAGGCUGGGUAUGUGAAUCAGGUCACAAUGACAUUUGCAUUGACUCAAAAGAAAUUCUACGCGGUCGUCAAUCUCGUGCAACGACGGCCUGUGGAGGCAUUGGUCGCAGAAUUAAAGGACAGGAAAAUCAUAUCAAAAGAACAAGUUUUGCGUGAAAUGCGAAGUCGGGCAGAGGAUACCGAUAUAGUGGCGACAUCCACCGUCAUGUCCUUGAAAUGCCCCCUGUCGACACUUCGAAUCCAAGUUCCCUGCCGGUCUAUGGUUUGCACCCACCAUCAAUGCUUCGAUGCUUCAUCCUUUUUACAACUGCAGGAACAAGCUCCAACCUGGACAUGUCCUGUGUGCAACAAAUCCACGAGCUUCGAGGCAUUGCAAAUUGACCAAUACGUGGACGAAAUCCUUCACUCAACAUCGUCCGAUAUUGAGCAGGUAACCAUUGAACCACAUGGUGCUUGGCACUAUGCUAAAACAGACGACGACUCACAAAAUAACAACAUUCCUACUGGUGGUGCUGAUGAUGACGACGACGACGACUUUAUCGAAAUCGGGCACUUGUUUACCCCGAAAUUAAAACGAGAAGACGCAUCUGAUUCCUUCGAUCUUCAUACCACACCCUCUGCCCAAGAUAGGAUACCCAGUGUCCCAAAAUCUAGCCAGAAAAGGCCGGCCCCUCAAGUUAUAGACCUCACAAUCAGCGACGACGAGGAUGACGAGCCCCCCAGACCACCCAAGCGGCAAGCCCUGGGCACGGGAGAUCACCCAUUGUCUCUUACUCGGGGGAACUCUCUACAAAAUGGGUUUUCCGAGAAUGGAAUCCUUGGAUUUCCCUCUGGUAGCGAAUCUUUAUCCCCAGGACAGUCGACUUUUUACAUCGAUGUGUGA